AUGAUGCACAAGUGGUCCACGCGGUCCCCUGACCACAACACCACCCGAGUGCGGAACAACCAGCGUCGCCACCGGGCGAGGGUGAAGUCGCACACCCAGGACCUGGAGGCGCGCCUCGCUGAUACACAGUCAAGGCUCGAUGAGGCACUGGAGAAGAUAGGGCAGAUGAGCGAGGAGAUGGCCCAUCUACGGCGGGAGCUCCAUGGCAGCCAAGCUGCGACCAUCGCUUCUGAUGAAUGCCCCUCGCACCAUCGGCAAGACGAACCCGAAGAUGCGGUCAAUGAGACCGGGAGCUUCUCCGAUCAAUCGGAGUUGGUUGCGAAUAGGGACCCGCGGCUUCGGCUUCAGCCACGGCCACAGCAUGAGGGAACUACUCCGCGUCCAGAACAGAACUCGCCAUCGAAGUCGAACGGCAUACCCCUUGACCGGUCUCAAAUCGUCGAUGUCAACUUUGACCAAGUCUGCGGCAGUGAAAACUUUCCAGCCUCGCGUUCAGGCGAGUCGACGACAUCCUGUACCGCAGCGUUCGAAACCAUAAAGCAACAAUGCGCGCAAACAGACUGUCUCGAGCUACAGACCGUCUGGGAGACUCUCAAGCCAGCUUUCCGCUGUGCACCCACUCCCGGCGAAGGUUGUCGCGUCGAAACGCAUUUUCUCUUUCGUUUGCUGGACAUGAUCACGUCGCCCUCAGAUUGGUAG